AUUUAUAUGCACAAGCAAGUUAAACCAUACAAUAUAUCCAAGAUGGAGCAGGAAGAUCACAGCAGCCAUGUUAAAAGAAUCAAAAAGGGAGGCCUCCUCACACUGCCCUUCAUCUUUGCUAAUGAUGCGUGUGAGAAGCUAGCAGUGGUGGGUUUCAGUACAAACAUGAUAAGCUACCUGACAACACAGCUUCAUCUGCCAUUAACCAAAGCAGCCAACACAAUCACCAACUUCAAUGGAACUGCAAGCUUGACCCCUUUGCUUGGUGCCUUCCUCGCAGACUCUUAUGCUGGCAAAUUCUGGACUAUAACUCUCGCUUCCCUUUUCUACCAAAUAGGGAUGAUAAGUCUAACAUUAUCAGCAGUGCUUCCACAACUAAGGCCCUCGCCCUGUGAAGAAGGUACGGAGGUCUGUCAAGAAGCUGACUCCGGGCAGCUGGCAGUACUGUAUGGGUCUUUGCUGCUAGGGGCACUCGGGGCGGGUGGGAUCCGGCCGUGCGUGGUGGCGUUCGGGGGGGACCAGUUUGAUGAAUCGGAUCCGGAGCAAGGGACAAAGACGUGGACCUACUUCAACUGGUACUAUUUUGUCAUGGGAACAGCAACACUAGUGGCUGUUACUGUGAUUGUUUACAUUCAAGAUAAUGUAGGAUGGGGAUGGGGCCUAGGAAUCCCCACCAUAGCCAUGUUGCUGUCGAUUAUCACCUUCGUUGUCGGGUACCCGCUUUACCGACACUUGGAUCCGGAUGGGAGCCCGUUUACCCGAUUGGUCCAAGUGGGUGUGGCUGCAUUCAGGAAGAGAAAGCUCCAGCAUGUGGCAGACUCUACAUUACUGUACCAAAACCAUGAACUGGACGCCUCCAUUUCUUUGGAAGGCAAGCUUCUCCAUUCUCAACAGUUCAAAUUUCUGGACAAGGCAGCCAUAGUGAGCGAAGAGGACAAGAACGAGGUCAAAAAACCAAACUUAUGGAGGCUAAACACAGUUCAUAGAGUGGAGGAACUCAAAUCCUUAAUCAGAAUGGUCCCAAUAUGGGCCUCUGGCAUCCUCCUCAUCACAGCCUACGCUCAACAAAGCACCUUCUCCCUCCAACAAGCCAAAACCAUGGACAGGCACAUCACCCCCACCUUCCAAAUUCCCGCCGGAUCCAUGGCCGUCUUCACUAUCCUCACCAUGCUCACCACCACCGCCUUCUACGACCGCAUCUUCAUCCCCGUCGCCCGCCGCUUCACUGGCCUCGACCGUGGCAUCUCCUUCCUCCACAGAAUGGGCAUAGGCUUUGUCAUCUCCAUCUUGGCCACCCUCAUUGCUGGCCUCGUCGAAAUGAAACGCAAGGGAGGAGCCGCCGCCGGAGAAGCUAUCUCUGUGUUCUGGCUUGUGCCGCAGUAUAGCCUCCAUGGAAUGGCUGAAGCUUUCAUGUCGAUAGGGCACUUGGAGUUUUUCUAUGACCAAGCUCCUGAGAGCAUGAGGAGUACUUCCAUGGCUUUGUUUUGGACUUCAAUUGCGGCAGGGAACUACGUGAGUACUCUUCUGGUUUCAUUGGUUCAUAGGUUCAGUCGUAAGCCUGAUGGAUCAAAUUGGCUUCCUGAUCAUAAUCUGAACAAAGGCAAGUUGGAGUACUUCUACUGGCUCAUUACGUUACUGCAAAUUGUUAACUUCGCUUAUUACCUAUGUUGCGCCAAAGCCUAUGUUUAUAAGCCAAUUCAGGUCCAUACUAAAGAGGAUGGAGAUAGUUCUGAUGAGAACCAGAUUGAGCUUGCCGGCAAAAUCUGAUUCAAGCUUUUAUAUAGUUGACUCAGUGACUCGGAUUUUCUUACUUUUUCGUUAAAAUAGAUGAUCUCCAGAUUAACUGGCACAAAUGUCAGGUUGGAGUAGUUUCUCUUACGUUUAUUCUGGUGAUUUUACGCUUUAUAGAGGAGGUUGUUAGGUGAACAUUUGUAUCGUAAAUAAAUAAUAUACGUUACUAAUAGGAAACUGUAAAACGAUGUUCUUACUAUUGCCUGUAUCAUCGCUGUUUUAAUCUGUUCAGUUCUGAAUUUCUCUA